GAGUCCCUCAGUUAAUUAUAAAUAAUUAAUUAUUUUUGCUUAACGUAUUUAGCCGGAACAGAUUAGCCGGAAUAACUUCAAACGAUAUUUUUGUAUGGAAUCGUUUGUAUUUUGUUUGUAGAGUACUGAAGUGUGAUUAAAAAGGUUUGUGAGUCCCUCAGUUAAUUGUAAUUAAAUGUUUAUUACUCGGUAGUUAGUCGGAAUAUAGAUUUUAGUUCCUCACGUUAAAAGAAAAAGGUGCCAUUGUUCCCUGAAAUUCUAUUGACAGUUUCCCUUCUAUGGUAUUGAGAGUUGAUGUUGCACACGUAAUUCAUAUGGUUUAUCGAUGGCCUGUUUUAAAAAGUUAUCCUUUUAAGGAAAGGCAUUUGAUUACAUAGGAUCAAGUCGUAUGAUCUACAAUAUGAAGCAGAACAAUUUUAACGCUCUCGGUGGGAUUAAUCUGAAGUUGGAUGAUAUCAAGAGUGUGAUCGAGUUUGGCCAACUGGGCAAAGGGAAAAUAGUUCUCCAUAGCAGCAGUAAAGAUGAUACCACAGAUCGUUUGAGUAAAGUGUUGAAUGCAUCGAUUCUAAAUGAUAGCGUACCACCUACAUCUGUGCAAAGUUUUCUGGAGGCGAGGCCCAGUCUAACGAUUGUUGUUAUAACCAAUCAUGGAAAAAACUUUAAAAAUCGAUACUACAACACUAUCUUGGACGACGGGGAAAAUCUUGGUUUUAAUAGAAAUGAUAGUGACGGGCGAGUCAGCGCCGCAGUCUGCCGAUCUGCCGAUACCGCUGGAAGAUCUCGUCGCAGAAAUGUUAUAUUGCUACAUCCAAAGUGCUAAAUGCACUCGGUUUCAUGCAGCCUCGACAUCCGGUGCUAAAUUGAUCAAUCAGAUUUUGCCACUGUACGUCAGUGUGCACCGAGCGCCCAAUGCCGCGACGACGUUAACUGGACAGCUUCUAGCCUUGCUGACUGGCGAGAAACUCAGCGACAUGAAUGAAACGACUUGUUACAAAAACCGCCUCGCAUGGAUGGGUGGAUACAAUUUUACAGAAAUAUGCAUAAACUCAACCGUCAAUUAUAGUAUAGCUGUGAGUCCGGCAUUUAUCAUCGAUGGACUUAACAUUUAUUAUCAUUUUUUAAUUGGACUAGACGUUGAAAAAACGUGGAAUGUGACAGAUCUGACUACUGGUAAUAAUAUGAUGGUUGUUAUUAAUUAAGAUUCAUUGAUCUUCUCUUAGGAUCAAAAGUAGGAGAAAACUACGGAUCCUUACAAGAGAAAAAUAUAUGUAUAAAUAGAUUAAUGUACAGAAUAUGCAGUGAUGAUUAAACACAAGAUUAAACACUACCGUGUCUCUUGAUUGUUCUACAAUAGCUAUCUGGAGAAAAAACGUAUGAUGUUUCCGAGAUUUUUCUUCGUUUCUGACCCUGCGCUCUUGGAGAUACUUGGCCAAGUGUCUGAUUCUCACAUGAUACAAAAUUACUUGCUCUCUAUCUUUGAUAAUACACGCUACGUCACGUUCCACGAUGUUGAAUAUGAUAAAAUGACAGCUAUCAUUUCAUCAGAAGGUGAGACUAUACUGCUUGAGAAAGCAGUAAGAGCAAAAGGUUCUGUAGAAAUAUGGUUGAUGCAAUUAUUACAAACGUCGCAGUUUUCAUUGCGCACUAUUAUCCGUCAAUGCUAUAGUAUUAUCAACGAUGCAAACUUCAAUCUGCUGAUCUUUCUCGACAAGAUGCCUGCCCAAAUAGAAUUGUUAGGCAUUCAAAUGAUCUGGACACGAGAUAGCGAACUGACUUUAGCUCAAGCUCGUGCUGAUAAAAAGAUCAUGUUCGAGACGAAUAAUAAAUUUCUUGAUCUUCUAAAUACUCUAAUCGAUCAAACUACAAGGGAUCUUACUAAAAUAGAACGUACAAAGUUUGAAACAUUGAUUACUAUACACGUGUACAUAUUCUACAUAUGACUAUCGGAGUCGGCUAGUUCCUUAUGUCAAAGUUCAGGCGUUAUAUUAAAUUAGUAAUAAAACUUGUCUUGUA